CUGUCUGAGGAGUUAAUGAGAAACUUGUUCUGAGCUACAGCUUUGCUGCUCUAAAAAGUCUCUUGUGCUUUCCAUCAGUCACUUAAUUCCACGACAUUUAGGGUGUGAUGAGUUUAGGAUAGAGGUUAUUGCCAUAAGUAUAACUCCAAGCCCCACAGCCACUGCCCGAGGCUCUCAGGUGACCCCACAACCUGGGGACAGCAGGGAAACCCCAAAUCUGGGGCUGCAGCAUCUUUCCAGGUGGGGUGAACACUUUAAUCCAUGCAGAGAUGGGAAAGAACAAAAACCUCCCAUCUAUUUUUCCUGUUUGCUGGGUGGCAGUGGGCACAGAGCACUGGAUCAGCUCUGUUUAUGAUAAAGAUUGUUCAUUAGAGGGGUGUGACACAGAGAGAUGCGAUAUUCCCAGCAAAGCGUUCCAAGGAUAUUCCUGACCUGUUCACAGCGCAGGAGAAGCAUCACUCGAGCAUCCCUCCCACGCCGCCCUGUCCAAAGCACCCCCUGCCCCCGAGCCGCAGCGCAGGGGUGGGAAGGGACACGGGGGACACGGGGGGGACCCGAGCGGGGCCGGCCCCGGGCACACCCCGCCCCGGCGGGGCGGGCCGAGCCGCCAGCCCCGAGCCGAGGGCUGUAAAAGCGGGGCAGCGGGGCCGGGGAGCAGCGAGCCACAGAGCGGCCGGGGCUGCGUGCGGAGCAGGUGAGCGGUGCCCGGGGAACCGGGAGCGCACCGGGAGCGGGGCAGGGAGAGGUGCCCGGAGAACCGGGAGAGCACCUGGAGCGAUGCCCGGGGAAUUGGGAGCGCACCGGGAGCGGGGCAUGGCGCGAUGCCCGGGGAACAGUGAGCGCACAGGGAGCGGUGCCCGGGGAACCGGGAGCGCACCGGGAGCGCACGGGGAGCGGUGCCCGGGGAACCGGGAGCGCACGGGGAGCGGUGCCCGGGGAACCGGGAGCGCACCGGGAGCGCACGGGGAGCGGUGCCCGGGGAACCGGGAGCGCACCGGGAGCGCCCCGGGAGCGCGCACGGCGGCAGCUGAGCAUCUCCGCGCUGUCCCGCAGGUUGCACCAAGUGCCAGGAUCGCUGCACAAACGAGCAAAACGUCGUCCGAAAUGGCAGCCGAGGGGGACAAAAUGAUGGCAGGAAGGUUUGUGGGGAGCACAGAUCCCAUCAUGGAGAUGCUCAGCGCUUCCAUUACUGUCGAUCAGAGACUGUCUGAGGUGGACAUCCAGGGGAGCAUGGCUUAUGCCAAAGCCUUGGAGAAGGCUGGAAUCCUGUCCAAAACUGAGCUGGAAAAGAUCCUGAGUGGCCUGGAAAAGAUCUCGGAGGAAUGGUCCAAAGGAGUCUUUGGUGUGAUCCAGACUGAUGAGGAUAUCCACACUGCCAACGAGCGCAGGCUGAAGGAGCUGAUUGGAGACGUGGCUGGGAAGUUGCACACUGGCAGAAGCAGGAAUGAUCAGGUUGUGACUGACCUGAAGCUGUUAAUGAAGAAUUCCCUCUCCAUCAUCUCCACGCACCUUCUGCAGCUCAUUAAGACCCUGGUGGAACGUGCUGCCAUAGAAAUCGAUGUGAUCCUGCCUGGCUACACCCACCUGCAGAAAGCUCAGCCCAUCCGAUGGAGCCAGUUCUUGCUCAGCCAUGCUGUUGCUCUGACCCGCGAUUCUGAGCGCCUGGGAGAGGUGAAGAGGAGGAUCAAUGUCUUGCCUUUGGGAAGUGGAGCUCUGGCUGGAAACCCCCUGGAAAUCGAUAGAGAACUGCUGCGCAGUGAGCUGGACUUUGCUUCCAUCAGCCUGAACAGCAUGGAUGCCGUCAGCGAGAGGGACUUUGUGGUGGAAUUCCUCUCUGCUGCCACCCUGCUGAUGAUCCACCUCAGCAAGAUGGCUGAGGAUCUCAUCAUCUACAGCACCAGCGAGUUUGGCUUCCUGACCCUCUCUGAUACCUACUGCUCUGGCAGCAGCCUGAUGCCUCAGAAGAAGAAUCCCGACAGUCUGGAGCUGAUCCGCAGCAAAGCCGGGCGAGUGUUUGGACGGUUGGCUGCAAUUCUCAUGGUCCUCAAAGGACUCCCGAGCACCUACAACAAGGACCUGCAGGAGGACAAGGAGGCUGUUUUUGAUGUCAUAGACACCCUGAAUGCUGUGCUCCAGGUUGCCACUGGAGUGAUUUCCACCCUCCAGAUCAACAAGGAGAACAUGGAGAAGGCACUGAGCCCUGAGAUCCUGUCAUCUGACCUGGCUCUCUACUUGGUUCAUAAAGGAAUGCCCUUCAGACAAGCCCACAUUGCUGCUGGCAAGGCCGUCCACCUCGCCGAGACCAAAGGCAUCACCAUCAACAAUCUCAGCCUGGAGGACCUGAAGAGCAUCAGCCCCCUGUUUGGCAGCGACGUGGCGCAGGUGUUCAGCGUGGUGAGCAGCGUGGAGCAGUACACGGCCGCGGGCGGCACCGCCAAGAGCAGCGUGUCCGCCCAGAUCGAGCAGCUGCGGGAGCUGCUCAAGAGGCUCAAGGAACAGGCUUAGAGUGUGGGGAGAGAUCCCGUGCCUGCAGCGGUGUGCCCGUGCCACUGAUCUGGAGUUAAUAAACACUGGGGUGUCUGUA